UCAACUACCAAAGUACUCCAUAAAUACUUCCCUACAUUUCUCUCUCUCACUCUCUCUCUCUAUAACUAGCUUUCCCUUCUUCCUUCUAACAAAGGUUUAAUAAUUUGGUUUAAUAAUUUGGUGUUCUUAAUUUCUGGCAUUUGCUUAGAAAAAAGUUUCAAGAAUGUCUAUGGUGGAAGUAUUAGUGCCAAACCUUGAUUGUGAAGGAUGUGCAUCCAAGUUAAAGAAGGCUCUAUAUAAACUCAAAGGAGUUGAGGACAUAGAAGUAGACAUGGACACCCAGAAGGUAACCAUAAAGGGUUACAGACUAGACGAAAGGAAAGUAAUCAAGGCGAUUAAGCGAACGGGCAAAGCAGCCGAACCAUGGCCAUUCCCUUCACAUUCUCACUAUGCUUCAUUUUAUAAGUACCCUUCCUACAUUACAAACCAUUACUACGACACUUCUAACGGCGCCGCCCCGAGUGUCCACGCGUUUUUCCAUACUCCGGCGGUGUACUCGGUGGCCGUGGCGUCCGAUGAGGCGGUGGCUUCGAUGUUUAGUGAUGAUAAUCCUCAUGCUUGUAGCAUAAUGUGACUUGGUUUAGUAGUAGCAAGUAGGGUUUCACUUUGCAUAUUGUGUUCUUGUAUUGAUUGAUUGUUUCGUGUGUUUAAGAAAUUGUGCCGUAAUUAUAUCCUAGUAA